GAACCUACUGGCCCCGCCAACAAUUCCCAAGAAGUGGCUUCUGACCUUGCCGCAUAUAUCGCCAUGGACGACAGCGAUCAAGUCAUGGAACCCACUGCCUCUAGCAGCAACAGCCAACAUGUCAUGUCUGAUAUUGCUGCAUACAUCGCAAAGGACGACAGCGACCAAGACAUGGAACCCAUUGCCUCUGGCAGCAACAAUCAACAAGUUAUGUCUGAUAUUGCUGCAUAUAUCGCAAAGGACGACAGUAUCGGCAGCGGCGACAAAUCGGCACUUACUGUGAGAUUCGUCGAGCCAAAGAAAGAAGACGACGACAUUUGGAGCAAACCCCUCGUUUACAAUAAGGCACAACCAGGGCCCUCACCAAGUCUUGCUAGAGGCUUAGCUCAACGUUACCGAUCAGUUCGCGCAGGGAAGCAGCCAGCAGUUGCAGAACCAGCACCCAAAGCCGAUCCUACUGGGCGAAUCGAGGAGAUCUUGGCCUUGCCAUCUGUCGAAACCCUCAAGAUCAGCGAUGAAUCAAAAGCUGAGGUCGAAAGCAUGCAAGCGAAAGCAGCAGAGACUCGCCUAGUCGACCAACAGCGCGAGAAGUUCAACAGAGAGAGGCUACUGCGGGAGCAGGCCCUACAGAAGCUGAAGGAAAGGACAUCCAAGGGACCUCGUCUGCCUAUGGUGGCUCCUCUCAGCGACGAAUGGAUCGACAAGAUUGCGCACACGAUUGAGCUUCCAGAAGCAGAGGUGGUGGCUAAGACAUGCCAGGGAAUACCUCUUCGCCGGCACGACUUCGCUUCAGUGGUGGCAGCUAAGACCUGGCUCAACGACGAAAUCGUCAACGGCGCACUCGCAGAGUUGGAAAAGCAAAUCAACCUGGUGGCUGGCAUCACCGACUACAAACAACAGGGACGCAAGUGCCUUGUUAUGAAUUCAUUUUUCUGGCCUCGAGUUAAAGAGGCAGGCGGCAAGAAGACACAAUCAAUCCUUCGUCGGAUGGGCGUCACUCCCAAGAACUUUUUAUUGAUGGACACAGUCCUGGUUCCUAUUUGCCAAGACUAUCACUGGACACUCUUGGUCGUUCAACCCAAGGAUCGAAAAGUGAUGCACUUGGACUCUUUCAACCGACGCUCAUCUCAUCCCGAUUUGGCACUGGCAUGGAUGUCAGACUACUUGGGGGAUCUCUACCACGCCAGGCCAUGGCAGGUGAUGGUUAUGAAGACUCCUCAACAGACCAACGGCUACGACUGCGGUGUACACGUCAUUACCAAUGGCGUCUGCCUUGCUCUGGGGCUUGACCCCCUCAAGAGCUACAAUGUGGAGGAAAUGGCCCUCCAGAGGCUGAGAAUCGCGGGAAUGUUGUUGAACGGGGGGUUCGAGGGGGAGUUUGACCUCUGGCAGCAGUAG